GCUGGAUGUGUAGAUCGUCACAUGUUUGUCCCCCCCACCACCUCCUCCACCUCCUCCUCCUGCUCCUCAGUCCGGACACCAGCAGCAGACAUGUGUUAUUUAUCGCUCAGCUCUGGGAGAAGACGAACGCACACGCUCCGCCGGCUCUGGAAAUAAGGAGGGAUUACGAGCGAGCGCGUCGUUUGUUUUUUCCCCCUCCUUCUCCUUCUUCCUCUUCUUCUUCUUCUUCUUCUUCUGGCAACUCGAGGGAAAAAAAGGGGAUACGGAAAGAAGCAAAGCAUUGUGUCUGAGAGGCGACGGGCACGAGAAUGGCGAGUCCGCCACACACGGGAGAGCAGCCGCCGUCCCCCGCUACUACGACCAGCGCGAACAACAGCAGCAGCAGCAGCGGCGUGAAGAAGUGCGGCUACCUGAAGAAGCAGAAACACGGACACAAGCGCUUUUUCGUGCUGAAGGAGCCGAGCGAAGGCUUAACCGCGCGGCUGGAGUACUACGAGAGCGAGAAGAAAUGGAAAAACAAAUCGGCCGCGAAGAGAGUUAUCCCCCUGGACUGCUGCCUCAACAUCAACAAGAGAGCGGACGCGAAGCACAAAUAUCUCAUCGCUCUCUACACCAAGGACGAGUACUUCGCGGUGGCGGCGGAACACGAGCAGGAGCAGGAGAGCUGGUACCGGGUGCUGACGGAUUUAAUGGCAGAGGGGAAAGUGUACGACGGCUCAGCCUCCAACUCUGCGUCCUCGCUGGUUGGCUUCGACGAGGCGAGCUACGGCGUGAUAACGCCGGUUGCCGCCGCUUACAAGGAGGUAUGGCAAGUCAACCUGAAGUCCAAAGGCCUGGGGCAGAGCAGGAACCUGACCGGAGUGUACAGGCUCUGUCUCUCCAGCCGGACUAUCAGCUUUGUCAAGCUGAACACAGAGGUCGCCUCCGUCAUCUUGCAGCUGAUGAAUAUCCGGAGGUGCGGCCACUCUGACAGCUUUUUCUUCAUCGAGGUUGGUCGAUCUGCAGCCACGGGGCCGGGGGAGCUGUGGAUGCAGGCCGAUGACUCUGUGGUGGCGCAAAACAUCCACGAAACUAUCCUGGAGGCGAUGAAAGCCAUGAAGGAGCUGUCGGAGUUCCGUCCGCGCAGCAAGAGCCAGUCGUCCGGCACGAACCCCAUCUCGGUGCCGACGCGGCGGCACCUCAACAAUCUCCCCCCCAGCCAGACCGGGCUCCCCCGCCGGUCGCGCACUGACAGCAUGGCUGCGAGCUCUCCGGUGAGCAAAUUCUCCUCCUGUCGAAUACGCACGGCCAGCGAGGGCGACGGUACCAUGACACGCCCCAUGUCAGUGACCGGCAGCCCCCUGAGCCCGGGGGUCCACAGGACCCUGCUGAGCAGAUCUCACACCAUCACAGCAAGACCUUGUCGGACAUUUGAAUCUUCUUCCCUCCAGCACAGUAAGUCCAUGUCUAUGCCCCUGUCUCGUUCCCCGCCCAUGGCCACCCCCAGCCCAGGGAAUCUGUCCUCCUGUCCAGACAGCAGUGCUCCUCGCCCCUCCAGCUGCAGUGCCUCUUUUUCAGGCUCCCCCAGUGAUGCCGGGUUUAUAUCAUGUGAGGAGUAUGGCUCCAGCCCUGCGGACGCCAGAGACCUGAGGCUACCACUCACCCUCCGCAGCAACACUCCCGAGUCUCUCAGAGCUGACACUCCCCCCUCCCGGGAUGGCAGCGAGCUGGAGGGCUAUAUGGUGAUGGAGCGUCGACGUUUACCAGAGCUCGACAAGGCUUAUCGAAAGCGCACGUACUCCCUUACGACACCCCGUCAGCAGAGGGGUCCCCCCCAAGUUUCUUCAGCCUCUCUGGAUGAGUAUACUCUAAUGAGGGCUACCUACAACAGUGGAAGCCAGUCUUCUCGCAGGUGUCACACCGCCUCACCUAAAGGGACCUAUCCUGAGGAUUACAGGGACGUUCAGAUUGGCGGUGACAGUGGCUACAUGCCCAUGAUGCCAGGUGUGGCGUCUCAGACACUGGGGUCCAAGGAUGACCCCUACAUGCCCAUGAGCCCCAUGUGUGUUUCUGCUCCAAAGCAGAUCAUCAACCCCCGCUCACACCCCUCUUCAGGGGGGCUGGUCCUACGCACAGACUCCCCCGGGAGUGUCUCUCUGGAGGACAGCGGCUACAUGCGGAUGUGGUGCGGAACCAAGAUGUCAGUGGAGAGCACAGAUGGAAAGCACGCAAAUGAAGAGUACCUGAACAUGUCUCCGGUUGACCCCCUAGUGUCUCUCACACCCCCAGAUUUCAUCCUCAGUCCCCUAGCAGGGGAUCCCCACCCCCACCCCCUUCACAGACAGCCUUAUUCAUACAGUUCUCUACCACGAUCACUUAAAGGCCAGUUGCAGCGCAGCGGGUCCUCAGACACAGACCAGUAUGUGGUGAUGAGUUUACAGAGACAGCGGAUAGAAGAGGAGUCCAACUAUUGUCCUGUCUCCCCUGGAGACUCUGUUGCCAGCAGCUCUCCGGGGACACCGGGCACCCCAUCCUCUGCCCCAUCUCCUCUCAGACUGGCGCGGAAAGAUGGAGGUCUGGUACACCGGAGUAGGGUGUGUCGACCCACCCGCCUGGCUCUGGAAUCUCUCAGAACACUUCCAUGUAUGAACGAAGACCCCCUUCCCUCAGAGCCACGCAGCCCCGGAGAGUACAUCAACAUAGACUUCAGUAGUGCUACCCACGACCAGCUGGCAGCCACAGUGUCGGAGAGCUCUGAGUCCUCAGACUAUGCUAAUGUUGACCUCAGCUCCCCAGGUCACCUUGGCUCACACCAAGCUGGGGGUUCCCCCUCUGCAGGGUGCCUAAACCACACGCCUGAAGUGAUGACUCGCCCUGGUCUGGUGAACACCCAGCAGAACACACAGAGAGGCGAAGAGGAAGAGGAGAUAAAAAGCGCAGAGGGUCAGACAGAGGAGAGGGGGAUGGUAGAGGAAUAUCCUCUCCGACAGCAGGUGAGCCUGGUGUGUCAGCCUGCUUUAGUCAAGGAUGAGUACACCGAGAUGACUUUCAUUCCUCCCACCCCUCUACCUGCUCUCUGCACCACUGAUGCCGCUCCCCUCCCCACCAGCCCCACCGCCUGUGUGCAGAGACUCAGCCUGGAGAGCAGCAUAUCAGACGGGGUGCCCCCCGUGCCACUGGACUCUUUCCUCCUGGGUGGUCCUUCGUUAUCUGUUACCCUUGUGGAUCCACACAGCGGGGCCAAAGUGAUCCGGGCCGACCCUCAGGGGCGUAGGCGGCAUAGCUCUGAGACAUUCUCCUCUACCACCACUGUCACACCCGUGUGCCCAUCCUUUGCCCACGACACCAAACGGCACAGCUCUGCCUCUGUGGAGAAUGUAUCACACACUGUCUGCAGCUCUGAGGGACCCGACGAGGACGGCAGCAACAGCCCCAUGUGCCGGGAGAUGUCAGCUGGUUAUCAAAAUGGACUUAACUACAUUGCCUUAAACUUGAUGGAGGGAAACCUUGGAGGGUGCAGGUUAGGCGACUGUGAUGGACUCUUGAGGUUCAAGACAGCCUGUGGCUGCAAGGGGGGCAUGAACGGCUUCAACACCAGCCCGUAUGCCAGCCUGGGAUUCAAGGAAACUGCUGCUGCUGUGAAAGAAUGAAGGCUGACGUCUCCUCCAGCCCUCCCCCACCUCUCCUCUCCCUCCUUUUCCCUUGAACGACGGCUUUUCGCUGCAGCCAAGUGACGAGGUCGCACAGGCGACAGCUGGACAAUGCGCCGCAGCCAAUGCCCUUUGACCUCUCCGCUACCUUCACGGGUCACAGGGACGUCAAUCGCCAUGGCAACACAGACACUUGACCCUUGCCCCAAAUCUUCCCCCUCCGCUUUUUUUCUGGGCACCAAAACAUUCAGGCGCCAUCUCUGCUGCUGCUGUACUAGAUGACUUAAAGAAUAACUUAACUCUAACUAUAGAUAGGUAACUAUUUAUCUCUGUGCGUAGUUCUGCAAAAUUAUCCUGCAGUAUAUUUUUUUGUUAAUUAUUGUUAUUGUUGUCAAUGCCAUUCACUCACUUUCAGCUGGUUUUCUUUUGGCUUCAGCCAAUAGUGGCCAGAUUACUCUCACCUGAAAACCUGUGAACCAAAACCUGGACAGCACACACACACACACACAUGCAAAAAAAAAAAACAACCUUUCAUGCAUACAGAUUACAUAUAUUUAUUUAUUUAUCAUGUAUGUAUGCAUUUGACAAACUGUGUGUGUGUGUGGAUUUGUAUACAGAUUGUACUGCAAAAAACAGAGGUGGCAUUUAUGAACAUAUUUAAAAAUCAGAUUUAACAUUUGCAUAAAAAAGUAAACCUACCUCAGCAAAAAAACCCCAGGUUGGCACCAAUUCAUACAGUAGAAAUAUAUAUAAAAUAUUUAUUUUCAGAGGUGAAUGUUUUUUAAAACCACCAAUCCAAAGCCUUACUCUAACCAUCAGCUUCUCUUGUCUGAAGGACCUUUUUAAGUUUGGACCUAUAAACACGCAGUAUAUCAAAGAUUUUCCCAAUCAUCCUACAGACCGAAUGUUGACCAGAGCCAAGUGAGAGCCAGCCUCUCUGAGAUUAAGUUCCUUCUCUCCCCAUGUUACAUUUAUGACAAGAUUAUGUAUUAAAUAUCCAGAGUAAUAUAUUUAUUAAUGAGCCUGAGAUGGACAAUUCACACACGUUAAAGAGCACCCAGAGGACUUUAGAGGAAAGCGUGACACUGAGUCACACAUCCAAACACUGCAGCAUGAACCAACUGGACCUGACCACCAGACCUGUGGCCUGUCUGAGCCCACGCCUCAGCACCUUUACACACUUUACUCUCCCGCUGUUCACCUGUGACGCCCUGCACACCCAGGUUAUGUUACUAUGACCUGUCACGACAAGAGACGGGGAACAUGAAUGUUUGAAGCUAUUUAUACAGAGUAACCGGACGGCUCAGAAUCUCACGUAAUCCCACUUGAUGCCACGUUGCGGAGCUCUGUCGCGCAGGCAGGGGGGGCCGAGCAGUGUGGCGAAACGGACAAUGCGACGAGCUGCUCGAAAGCUUGAAUCCACUUCGAGCCUAUCGAGAACCAAGCAGGACACGCCGGAGCUAAUGCAUGGUCUUGCACUUACAAACUUUCCAGAUUGUAACACAAGACGCGUUGAAUGUAGUACAUGCUAUGUUCCGAGCAACGACACAACACAACACAACACAACACAGCAACUGCAACAACAGCUGUGCAACACGCAGAGGUACUGAACGGGAACCAUGACACCGAUACAAACCAGGGGAAGUGUCUCAUUAUUUAUCUGAAUUCACUGGUACAUAACCUUUGCCUAUAUACUGUAAAUAGUGCAACAACGUUACAGAGAAUUACAUUUACGCUGAGAACCUCUGAGAGAUGUUAAGUUAAAUAACUUAUGUUGUUUGUACUGUACAUAAUAUGUGUUUGAGUGAACUUUCUGAUACAACAAAAGCACUAAUUAAGUUAUAUGCUAACCAGUACGGUUUGGCUUUGAUUUUCUUUUCUUUUUUUUUUCUUUUUUUUUUUUUUUUAAACUGUCAUAGGAUAGAGUUGUGAGACAGAUGCCACUAUGAGGACAUUUUCUAAUGCUGUAAUUCUGAAAAAAAAAAAAAGAUUUUAAGAGAAAAUCAUUAAUACUUGACAUAAUUAUUAAUUCUUGAUACUUAGGUACAACACAAAUGGCAUAUAUGCAAUAUUUACACUUUUGAAAAAUUAGUUUACAAAGACGUACCAAAUGUAUAAAUACUGUUGAUAAUGUUUGUUAAACCUUAAAAAUCAGACUUUUGCUGUUUGUACGUUUUUUUUUCUCCUCCCUCCUACAUAUUUCAAAACGAGAACUUUUUUCUGUGUGUUUUUUGCUAAUCGAGCCUCUUGAUGUUUAUGAGCAGUGUUUUUUGCAUUUGAAUAAUAUUUCAAAGUUUUUAUUCGGCAUCUAAAGGUUCUACAAUAUGGGCUCUGGCUUCUCUUGCUGUGUCUUUCAUUGUACAUAUUUCAUACCUUGCAUAUUGUGAUGCUACUAAGAGAUGAUAAUUUAAAACUUAGUUCAUUGCUUUAGAUUGUAUUGAUUCUUUAUAGACACAUGCAAUAAAUAAUGAUGUUAUUUAAGAAAG